AGAAUGGAGAGAAGACGGGUCACCUCAGCUGCUCGCCGCUCCUAUGUCUCCUUCUCGGAGAUGGCGGGGGGAAGCCUGGCCUCUGGCCGCCGUCUGGGGCCAGGCACCCGCCUCUCCCUGGCUCGGAUGCCGCUUCCACUCCCGGCCCGGGUGGACUUCUCCCUGGCUGGGGCCCUCAACACCGGCUUCAAGGAGACCCGGGCCAGCGAGCGGGCAGAGAUGAUGGAGCUCAAUGACCGCUUUGCCAGCUACAUCGAGAAGGUGCGCUUCCUGGAGCAGCAGAACAAGGCACUGGCUGCGGAGCUGAACCAGCUGCGGGCCAAGGAGCCCACCAAGCUGGCCGACGUGUACCAGGCUGAGCUGCGGGAGCUACGGUUUCGGCUCGACCAACUCACCGCCAACAGCACCCGGCUCGAGGUCGAGAGAGACAACCUGGCACAGGACCUGGGCACCCUGAGGCAGAAGCUCCAGGAUGAAACCAACCUGAGGCUGGAGGCGGAAAACAACCUGGCCACCUAUCGACAGGAGGCAGAUGAAGCCACCCUAGCCCGUCUGGAUCUGGAGAGGAAGAUUGAAUCUCUGGAGGAGGAAAUCCGGUUUUUGAGGAAGAUCCACGAGGAGGAGGUGCAAGAGCUUCAGGAACAGCUGGCCCGGCAGCAGGUCCACGUGGAGUUGGACGUGGCCAAGCCCGACCUCACGGCGGCCCUGAGAGAGAUCCGCACGCAGUACGAGGCAAUGGCGUCCAGCAACAUGCAUGAGGCAGAGGAGUGGUAUCGGUCCAAGUUUGCAGACCUGACUGAUGCCGCGGCCCGCAAUGCUGAGCUGCUCCGCCAGGCCAAGCAUGAAGCCAAUGACUACCGUCGCCAGCUGCAGGCCUUGACCUGCGACCUGGAGUCCUUGCGCGGCACAAACGAGUCCCUUGAGAGGCAGAUGCGGGAGCAGGAUGAGCGCCACGCGCGGGAGGCCGCGAGUUACCAGGAGGCGCUGACUCGGCUGGAGGAGGAGGGGCAGAGCCUCAAAGACGAGAUGGCCCGCCAUCUGCAGGAGUACCAGGACCUGCUGAAUGUCAAGCUAGCCCUGGACAUUGAGAUCGCCACCUACAGGAAGCUGCUGGAAGGCGAAGAGAACCGCAUCACCAUCCCCGUGCAGACCUUCUCCAACCUGCAGAUCCGAGGGGGCAAAAGCACCAAAGCCGGGGAAAGUUACAAGGUCACAAGACAUCUCAAAAGCCUCACAAUACAAGUUAUACCAAUACAGGUUCACCAGAUUGUAAAUGGAGCCCCGCCGGCUCUCGAAACCAGCCUGGACACCAAGUCCGUGUCAGAAGGCCACCUUAAAAGGAACAUUGUGGUGAAGACCGUGGAGAUGCGGGAUGGAGAGGUCAUUAAGGAGUCUAAGCAGGAGCACAAGGACGUGAUGUGAGGCAGGACCCUCUUGGUGGCCCCUGCCCCCCAGUGUGGGAGACCGGAGGAGGAGAUGGGAUUGGUGCCCGCCCCCCAUCAUAGCUGAUUUCCUCAGACCCAAGUUCCUGCCCACCCCAGCUGCUCCCCUCAUCCCUCCCUCCGUCUCUAUGCCACCUUGCUGCCCUAAGUUCCAUCAGUACUAGGCCUACACCCCCCACCUGCACCCAGUAACUCCAACUAACAAGGCACUCACCCCAAAGGGUGAGCAGCUUGGAAUAGAAUUAGGAGGAAGGAGAGAAGUUGGGGAAGACAGGGGCCCCAAUAAAUCAUCCUAGAUAGCCCAACUCCCCGUUGUCAUGGCAACUGUUGCCAGAGCUGGAGGUCCCUGGGGGUAUCUGGAAGUGGGCCUUUGAGUGUCCUCAGGCUGCUGGAGGAAAACUGAGGCUCUGGGACAGGAAAGGGAAAUCCCCCCAAGGCAAGGUAGCCCUGGUUAGAGGUUUCUUCUAGACUGACCUGGAGCAGUCUGAGUAGGUGGGGCCAUUCUGCCACACGGAGCGGUAGUCACCAAACAGAAUGCCUGGCCUGCCCAGACCCCAGGCCCAGAAGGGCCUCCUGAGCGAUUAUUCAAGUGUCUCAGUCCCACCGAGUGGCCACGUGGGCACGCCGUGGGCAUGCCAUGGGCGUGUGGGAGCUUGAUUCUCAGGACUUGGGGGAUCUAUAGUGUAAGUGGAGAGGGAAGGGGUGCUGCGAAGGAGUAGAGGGGGGCUGCCUGGCCUCUAGGUGGGGUACAGAGAGGUCAAGCCCAGGAGUCCUCCCUCCAUAAUGCUGGAGGGGAGGCAGGUGGAGAUGGUGGAGGCCGUCGGGAUGAUGCCAGACAUCAGAGAUGGGUGUUGUUGGUGACCAGUUACACUUGGCCUCUGGGUUGUGGGAAUCAAGGAAGUGACUUAUCCUCUUGAAAAUGCUGAAAUAAGAGAGAGAGGGGCUGCUGGCCCCGGGGGCAGGGCACACCUUGUCCCAGUUCUAAAGGCUCCUUCCUUGCUGCCUCUAAGCCUCUGCGGCUGCUGCCUCCCAACCCAGUGAACACUGCUGAGUGAAGCUGCUGCCACACAUCUGAUACUCUCCACCCUGCGGUGGCCUGCUGCCUUCCCCUGACCCAAGGGCCCUUUACUCAAAUACAAAAUGUAUCCCCAUAUCGUAGGCAGCACCCUAUUUUAUAAUUUGGAAAAUGGUAAGCGUGAGCAGAGUAAAGGCUCUGGUUUGUGUUCCUGCAGUCUGGAGGUGGGGUCCCUCAGGGCAGCCACUUUCACCCAGAGCACCUGCUCUGCUCCGUGGGAAGAUUGGGGUUGGGGUGGGCAGACAGACACAGGACUCUCUGUGUCCGGAAGAAGAGCUGAGAGGGCCCGCUGCAGGGUCCCGCUCACCCCCCACUAAGGCCAGAGAAGUGAGAGUCCUUCCCUUUUUCUAAGACCUGGUGCCCUUUCCCCCUCCCUCCUGCCACCCACUGUUGCUAACUUCCAGGGCACCAUGCAGCCUUUAGCCGCUGAAGUAAAUAAAGACAGUUGCUGUGACCUUU